UCAGCCCGCCCGCUAACCUCUCGCCGCCAUCAUCUGCCAUCUCAGCUGUGCAAGCACCCAUUCUUAGGUUAGGGCUCAGUAUUUACAUUGGAGCUGAAGUUGUUAUGUCAGUUGAUGAUUUUGUUGUGAGGGAGAGAAUCCCUUUACCUAAAGACAUGUCUCUGCGCGACUGGCGACAGGCUCUCACGACCCCACCUAUGUACCGAGUAGGCAAUAGUACUCUGAGGAUCCAAACCCAUUUUGUUUGUAUGAUAGCAGCUGUUGGGUUACUUGUAUUAAUAGUUUGGUAUACCUUGUCACCUCCCAGUAGAAAUCACAAGUCUUAUCUUUAUUCAGAGCGUUAUGAUUCUAUUCCAAUCAGUAAUUAUAUUGUUCCACAAACUAGUGACUCUUACAACUCUACUUACCCUUUAACUCCUGCAGUUAAAACUGCUUUUGGAGUAACAUACAGGAUAGGUAUUAUUAGCGAUUUAGACACUGACUCUAAAAGCAACUCUGAGUCAAGCACAUGGGUAAGCUAUUUCAAGAAAGGCCACCUCACUUGGGAUCGUGUUCAUCACACCGCAAGUAUUAAGUGGGAUUCUGAUCCAAUCAAGUUGAAAAGUACAUUUGGUCAAGGGGGUAGAGGAAUGGAAUUAUCUGAACUUGUUGUCUACAAUGGUAGACUCUAUGCACCAGAUGAUAGAACUGGCAUAGUUUAUGAAAUUGAUGGCUCUAAAGCUAUACCUUGGGUGCUUCUUACCAAUGGGGAUGGACGAAGGCCCAAAGGAUUUAAGUCGGAAUGGGCUACUGUCAAAGACAAGGUAUUGCAUGUUGGUGGGCUUGGAAAGGAAUGGACAACACCAGCAGGAGAGUUGGUGAACACUGAUCCAAUGUGGACCAAGCAAAUACAACCAACAGGGCAAGUUUCUCAUCAUGAUUGGAGAAGCAAUUACGAGAAACUGAGAAGAGCCGUUGGCAUUGAAUUUCCUGGAUAUAUGAUUCAUGAAUGUGCCACAUGGAGCAACAUCCACCAAAAAUGGUUCUUCCUACCUCGAAGACAGUCGAAAGAGCGCUACCAUGAAGAUACCGAUCCUUAUCAAGGAACAAAUCUGAUCCUAACAACAGAUUCUAACUUCUCAAAUGUUGAAGUAACCAAAGUAGGAGAAGUCAUUCCAACACAUGGAUUUUCCAGUUUUAAAUUUAUCCCUGAUACUGAAGAUGAGAUCAUAGUAGCAUUGAAGUCUGAAGAGGUUCCUCAAGGAUCAGCAACAUAUGCAAUGAUAUUUAGUAUUAAGGGUGAAAUCCUACUUCCUGAAACCAAAAUAGCAGAUAUCAAAUAUGAGGGUAUUGAAUUUAUAUAGAACAUAUUAAAUGAAUUUUUCAGUCAGUAUUUUGCAUAAACAAGAGAGUACCUCAUUGUCCAUAGGCAAUAAAUUUGUUGGAUGUGUCAUAUAAGUAACUGUGAUAUAAUUUAUUUAAGUAAAUUGAUUUGAGGUUUACAUUGAAUAACCAUUAAGACUAUCUGACUUUUACUGUAAAAAUUUAAUGUAUUUUAUAGCAAUAAGAUAUCAUUAACUAUUUCUCUU